UUUUUAUAUUUAUUUUUUAUCCACGUAAUUACACAAAAUGAAUUUAUAUCUGUAGCAGCUCGUAAGAUUUUAGGUUGUAUAAAUAUUUAAACAAAUUUCCUAUCAAUUGGCGCUGUGAAUUUUUUAAUUUAUUAUCACUAUAAAUAUUUCUGAAUCUAAGUGGAUAUAUAUAUAUAUAUAUAUAUACAUAUAUAUCGCAAGUGUUCAUUUUAUGGAGCGGGUUUAAUUUACAAAUAAAUGUAUUAUCGAGCUGUUUACUAUGGGAUUGAUAUUUAACAACAGCAAGUAAAUGGAGGCCAUUAUCGGACCUGAGACAACCUUGCAAAGCAGAUGGACAACAUGCGAUUGGUGGUGCCUUCGCAGCAGGUGUACAUAACUACUAACCCGGCAACUAACAAUGUCCGAGGAAGAAUGUCCUUCAUACGUCGUCUAGGAGUGGGCUGCAUCAUCCUGGCUGCUUUGGGGCUGCUUUACGUUCCCGCUUACCACUCGGCGCAAGGUCCGCUCUUUGGAAUAGGAAUAGGUGAGGUUUCAUCCCCUGCUGAAGCAUUAGGGGCAGGUUCAAACUACCUAGAAUCUUCUGUAGCUCAAAUAUCCGGCUGGACGUUUAAUACUUCUAGGAAUGUUAAUUUGUAUAUAAAUCCCGAGAACAAUACAACGAUAACCAGUCCCGAGUUAUCGUGCGUGACCUCGCCGCCUUAUCUUUUGAUAAUCGUUUGCUCGGCGGUAGGCAACCAGAAGGCGAGAGACGCGAUUAGAAACACCUGGGGCAGCGAACAAAAUUUGUAUUACCUGGCGACCUCUUCUACAGUCAAUACUACGGUCAAGAUUGUCUUUCUGCUGGGAGAAAGCACCAAUGACACGCUCAAUGCCGCCAUCCUGGAUGAAAAUUAUGAAUACGGAGAUAUUAUUCAGGAAAAGUUUAUCGAUACUUACAACAACUUGACUGUCAAGUCUGUAAUGAUGCUGAAAUGGGUCACUAUUAUGUGUCCGCAAGCGACUUUUCUCAUGAAGACAGACGAUGACAUGUAUGUCAAUGUCCCUGCGCUGGUUAAAGUCAUCAGAGCUAGGCCAAAUAGCGCAGGGACACUUAUGGGAUCGCUUAUUUGUAAUGCCCGUCCAAUAUCUGAUCCAAAAAAUAAGUGGUACACUCCCAAGUACAUGUACUCAGAGAAAACAUAUCCAAAUUAUUUAUCAGGUACUGGUUACGUGAUGAGCUUAGACGUAGCAUUAAAAUUAUACGAAGCGGCGUUGAAGACGCCCUUGUUACAUUUAGAGGACGUUUAUUUAACAGGUUUAUGCGCUAAAAAAGCAAAACUUCGUCCAGUAAAUCACCCGGGUUUUAGUUACGUCCCGCGUAAGUUAGACUACUGCGUACUUAAAAGUGCAAUUACUGCGCACAAAGUUGAUUCUUCCAAUAUGUACGAAAUAUGGAAUAAAUUACAGAACACAAAUGUAUCCUGCUCUAAUGCAGCUAACAGUGAUAAUACUUCUAAGAGUGUAGCUUUAUUAAAUAGGCAUGGCAGGCAUGUCAAUUAUUACUUCACGAAGAAGCGCGUGAAUAAUCGGUGCAGCUGAAAAACCAAAUUUAUUAUUUUUUAAUGUAAAUGUAAAUAAUUUUAAACCCGGAAAUUAUUAAACUCGGUACAAAUACUUAUCAAAUUAUUUGAAUUUUAGCGUGCCAAUAACAACAAAAAAAAAACAUUUAAAUUAAAUUAUAUGAUCAAACUAUUUUUGUGAACUUCGUAUAGAUAUUAAAAAUAUUAUAACUAUUAUUUCAAAGUACAAUAGAGUGUUUGGACAAUUAGAAGUAAGUAAUUUUUAAAUUGAUAGUUAAUUACGCUUCCA